AUGAGUAAAGAUAGCAAUUAAUAAAAGACUCAAAAUCAAGAGUUUAAAUUAGAAGAUGUUCCUAAUUUGUUGGAAUUUUACGGAGCACUUGUAAUUGGACCUAGUGGAUCUGGAAAAACAACCUUAUGCACUGGCUUGCAGCAAUUUUACAAACUAUUAGAAAGAGAUCAUGCAAUUAUUAAUUUAGAUCCUGCUAAUGAAACAAUGAAAUAUUAAUAUGCUGUAGACAUCAAAGAUCUUAUUAAUCUAGAAGAUGUUAUGGAAGAGCUUAAUUUAGGACCCAAUGGAGGCUUGAUUUAUUGUAUGAAAUUUAUCGAAGAUAAUAUUGACUGGCUAAAAGAAAGAAUAGCUAAGCUUAAAGGAAAAUACUUGAUAUUUGAUUUACCAGGAUAGAUAGAAUUGUAUAUGGCAAGUGAUCAUGUUAAGAAUAUCAUAGAAAAAUUAAAAAAGAAUGACAUCUUUGAAGCUGAAUUUACUAUUGUUGAAUUGUUUGAUAGCACUUAUUGCUACGACUAUUCAAAUUAUGUCAGUUUAACAUUGCAAGCUUUAGUAUCGUAUCUCAAUUUAGAAAUGCCUCAUAUAAAUGUUUUAAGCAAAAUAGAUCUAAUGAAGGAGUAUGGAAAGCCUAAAAUGUCUUUAGAUCAUUAUUUAGAUGGCUACGGAGUUUCACUUGCAUAUAAAUAUGAUUCUAUUAGUUAUAAAAAGAGUUUGAGUAAUUUUGAAAAAAAAAAUUAUAGAUUAGAUAGGAGACUAGCUAGACUUAUAGAUGAAUUUAAACUUAUUUCAUUUAUUCCUCUUUCGAUUGAAAAUAAGUUGCUUGUUUCAAGUUUAGUUUAUCAGAUUGAUAAGUCUAAUGGCUUUUAAUACUCAGAAUAAUAUAACUAGGAGAGAUUUUAAUAAAUCAGAGCUGAUAUUGCAGAAACAAGCUAGGUAUAUUCAGUCAACGAGAGAGUACUAUUAGAAAAUGAAUUAUUUGGGGAUUAAGAAAAAAAUAUAGAUUGGGCAAAGGAGUUUUCUAAACCUAUGUAUAAAGAGUAGGAAUUGGAUGAAAAUAAAUCUGAUGAAUAAAACUAAAUUUUAGAAGAUGGCGUAAAUUAGGAUGAUAACGAUGAUGGAAGUUUAUAUGAUGAAGUAGAUGACGAUGAUUAUUUUUAUUGA